ACGGGGCUACGGGGGGAAAUCCGGCUCUAGUCCGGCCUAAGUCCUCUCUAUCUCCUUGCUGUCAAUAAAUUAAUCCCACAGAGCUCCCCAAAGAAAGAAAAGAGUAAGGGGAAAUCAAGAAUAUUGCAGAGACUAGCUGUCAAGAAGGUUAAGGGACUUUCAACGGAAGAGAUAGCUGCCCGCAAUGAUUUGGCCUUUUUGCAUUGCCUGAUAGGAUUCAAGCCAUACCGGUUGGCUGUGCAGCUGCACCCAAGCAAUCGGGAGGUUGGGGAAGUUCAGCUUCUCGAAAAGAAAUUAAAAUUGAUUCAAGUCAUUUGAUUGAACUUCUAUGUGUCGAAAUAUUUUUCUUAUAGCCUUCGGUCUAUUGAUUAGUUGUUAACUUGUGCAAUAUCAAUGAAUUCUAGAUGGACGGUUUGAUAAUGAAUAUUUUCAGCAAUCUGAAGAAUCAAGUCAGUUCAGACAGGAGUAUGAAAUGUGGAAAAUGAGACAGGACCAAGGUUUGGAUGUUAUAGCACAAGGUUUGGAUACUUUAAAAAACACGUCCCAUGAAAUGAAUGAGGAAUUGUACAGGCAAGUUCCUCUGACAGAUGAGAUUGACACCAAGGUGGACCAGGCAACGUCUGACCUUAAAAAUACCAACUUUAGACUCAAGGACACUGUUAACCAGCUGCGAUCUAGUCGAAAUUUUUUCAUCGACAUCAUUUUUCUGUGCAUUAUUCUUGGCAUUGCGGACUAUUUUAUACAAGUAAGUUCUCAGUUUGGUUCUAAUUUUGUGAAAACUUUUAGCAUACAUCAAAAAUUCUUUUCUCUUUUAGUACACAAUUGCUCAAGUUUGUUUUAUAAUCUACUACUAUACAUAAAAGAAUAAUUAUUUGUAACUGGCAAGAAAACAAUUUGUACCCAAUCCUCUUUGUUACUACUAUUUAUGGUUGAAUCCUCAAACCAUAUUUGUUAAUUUCUUUAGGUAGUUUUUCUAACCUAUUUUUGAAGAGUCCUUUUGAAAUUAAAAUUAUGUUUGGUUGUCAUGGAUACCGUUUAGAAAAUUAAUUAUCUAUAAUGGAGAACGUAUCAAACAUAAAUGUUAAAAAGGUCUAUCAAGGGGGAGAAGAUGCAUAACAACAAAAAGAAGACAGGAGGAGGAGCUGAGAAGGGAAAAAGGGGCAGUUAGAUUGCUGACUACUGUUUAAAAAAAAAAA